AGAGAAUAAGAAGACAUACAUGAGCUGACUGGUAAUGGAGUCCUACUGAUUUGAGGGAGCUAGAAUCAAAGAUCCUGUCGCCAACCUCUCCCCCAACCUGGCGAAUGAAUUGUGCAUCGUCAACCUGGCAAUGCAUGUCUGUCCCUCGUGCUCAAAACCCAAGUCAGAAAUGGAAGGCCGAAGGAAGGAGGAUCUUGGGUUCGCGAGGAACCCAGGAGCCUGGGUUCUUCACGAACUCGCAAGCUGGGUUUGUCACAAGCUACCCAGGAGCCUGGGUUCGCAAGGAACCCAACUCACGGGUUCGUGAUGAACCCAGGCGCCUGGGUUCAUCGCGAACCCACAAGCUGGGUUCCUCGCAAACCCGCGAGCUGGGUUCGUCGCAGGCUACCCAGGAGCCUGGGUUUGUCGCAGCUCUUGAUAAGUACGACUUCGAUUCUGAGCUCGGAACCAAGGUAAAUUCUGAAUUAUGCAAAUUGGGUGCUGAUUUUAGUGUUGAUUUUGGGCAAUGCUUCAUGUCUAAUAUGAUUACGGGAGGCCUGGAAGCAGGAGGUUUGAGCUCUAAACAGCGAAAGUUGUAUGUUAGAGAGGUCAAACAUCAAAACCGAGCUCAUAAACAAAAGUUUGACGAUGCUGAUUGGAAGAAUCAACCCAUCACUUUCACAUCUACUGAUUUCGACACAGUUGUCACACCUCACACUGAUCCUUUGGUCACUUCUGUCAUAAUUAACAACUGUGAGGUGCAACGUGUUCUUGUUGACACAGGGAGUGCACCAGACAUCAUGUACUUUCACUGUUUUGAGAGUCUUGGGCUGGAUCCAGCUUUGUUGCAGUGAGCUGCUCUAGUUGAGGAUGUCGAGGAAGUGCACAUUGACGACAGAGAUCCAAGCCGAAAGACGCAAAUUGGAACUCGAUUGAGCCCGGAGGAAAGAUUAGAGCUAAUGGCUUUUCUCCGAGUUAACAACGAUGUUUUCGCUUGGACUUCGGUAGACAUGCUAGGAAUUCCAACCUCGGUAUCCCAGCAUAAGCUCAGCACCAAUCCAUUGAAGAAACCAGUAGCCCAGAAGCGACGUCUCUUCGGGGGGGAGAGGCUUCAGGUCAUAAAGGAAGAGGUAAAGAAGCUUCUACAAGCUGGUUUCGUCAGAAGAGUUGACUAUUGCGAAUGGGUGGCUAACCCAGUGCUGGUCAAAAAGGCAAAUUGUAAAUGUCGAAUAUGCAUCGACUACACAAAUCUCAACCAAGCUUGCCCUAAGGACUGCUAUCCAAUGCUGAGCAUUGACAAACUAGUUGAAGCGGCUUCGGGAAAUGAGAGAUUAAGUCUCUUGGAUGCAUAUUCUGGGUAUCACCAAGUGCCGACGGCUCUGAAGGAUGAAGAGAAAACCUCAUUCUAUGUUGGUGACAAAAUCUAUUGCUAUAUUGGCAAGAAUUUGGAAGUUUAUGUCGAUGACAUUGUGGUAAAGAGCCUGAAAGCAGAAGACCAUCUAGCUAAUCUCGAUGAAACUUUCAACAACCUCAAAAAGAAUAGAAUGCGGUUAAACCUAGCCAAAUGCAUCUUCGACGUGGAGUCUGAGAAAUUUCUAGGCUUCAUGGUUUCUCGAAGAAGGAUUGAGGUCAAUCCAGAAAAGAUCAGAGCAAUUGCUAAGAUGGAAUCGCCGAAGUUAGUAAAAGAUAUACAGAGGUUAAUUGGAAGGGUGGCAGCUCUUCAUAGGUUCAUAUCGAAGUCAUUAGAUAAGUGCUUGCCAUUUUUCAAGAUCAUGAGGUCAGUUGCCCAGAAAGACGAAUCAGGCAAACAGAAGAAGUUUGAAUGGAACCAAGAAUGCCAAGCCGCAUUCGAGGAGUUGAAGUCUUAUCUUAGCUCACCACCCCUACUGACUAAGGUUAUAGAUGGAGAGAUUCUCUAUUUGUACCUUGGAAUUUCAGAUAAAGCAAUUAGUUCAGUUCUGACCUUAUAUGUUGAUAGAGCAUCUAGUAGCAAGGGUUCAAGAGCUGAUGCUCUCUUAAUUGGCCCAUAUGGAUACCGAAGUGAACAUGCUCUGAAAUUUAACUUUGAUGCAACAAACAACAUGGCUGAGUAUGAAGCUCUACUACUUGGUUUGCAACUAGCAUUAGAGUUGAAAGUCAUGGCGAUACGAGUAUAUAGUGACUCACAGCUUGUGGUUAAUCAAGUUAACUCAAUCUGCGAAGUCGUUGAUCCUGUGAUGGUGAAAUAUGUAGCCCUAGUGGCCGACCUGAAGUUCAGAUCAGUUUUUCUAGAAGUCUUAGAUGAAUCAAGCUUCAUGAAGCCACGAAUGAUGGAGAUCAGCACAUACCCGGACACACUGAGCUGGACUGACUCAAUUAUCUCCUUUUUACGAGACGGGACAGUGCUUGAAGACAAGCAAGAGGCAAUGACGUUGAGGAAGAAAGCAUCUCGGUAUACACUCGUCGAUGGGGUCCUCUAUAAGAGAUCUUUCUCACUCACUUUUCUACGGUACUUGAAUCCUUAUGAAGCUAAGUAUGCACUUUGGGAGGUGCAUGAAGGUGUCUGUGGGAGCCACAUUGGUGCUAGAACUUUGGCUCACAAAGUCCUAAGAUAUGGGAUCCCGAACCAGAUUAUGGCUGACAAUGGUACUCAGUUUAACUGCUCUUCUUUUCGAGAUUUUUGUUCCAACUAUGAGAUCAAAUUACAGUUCACCUCUGUUUACCAUCCAGAGUCCAAUGGUAUGCAGUCCGCCCCCUCGCCCUUGUCUGCAUCCACAACAUCACCUCCAGUCACCACCUUGUCCCUAGCAACGGCCACAUCCCUAGGGCCACCCUUCCCCACAACACACUUUCCAGAUGCCUCCGGCUCCAAAACACUGCCAACCACAACCUCGUCAAACCCAUCAGGAAGCCGAGGCAUCAUGCCGAUCAAAGCAUCUCCCUUGGCGUUAGGCAACUUUGGCAUCUCCCUUGGCAUCUCCCUUGGCGUUGGAGCUGCAAGACCUAGCAAAGCAGCAAGGUUCAAUACUCCGCCGCCAUGGGUCGUAUGCACAGUCGAGGUAAGGGUAUUUCUGCGUCUGCUUUGCCGUACAAGAGGACUCCACCCAGUUGGUUGAAGAUCUCUUCUCAGGAUGUAAGCGACUUAACCCUAAUUUUGUUCCAUCUUUAAUUUAUUUCCUGUGUCUGGGACUUGUUUGGUUGCUGAGAAGAGGGCAGGAUUAUUGUACUUCAUUGGAUGAAACAUGAAUUUGAGUUGUGUUUCCAUUAUUUUCUGUUUUUCAUGUCUUUUUUUUUUAUCAAUUGUGUAUUGCCAACAUAUCUGUUUUCCCCCUUUGUUUUAGGAGUGAUAUUGGAUGGUAAAAUGUAAUACAAAUACAUUGGUAGCCAAAUGUUUUUGGUCUUUCCAAUGGCAUCUCUGAUGCCAUUUCGUACUGUUAUUGGAAAAAUUCAACAUGUUUGAUGGCAUAAAUUGUGAGGUAGUUCAGAACAUUGGUUUGCACACAUUGAUAUUCGGUUAAAUAUCAGUUCAAAUGGUUAUUUUUGAUGAAAUUCUUCUGGUAUAAAUGGAAUUGUGUUGU